UACUAAUUAAUUAUGUUAAAUCAACAAACUUAUAUUCAUCGCAAGUGUUCUAAAUACUUUAGUUUCUUUAUAAAAAAGGAUUUGAGCAAUUACCAAAAACUGUCUAUUAGUGAGGUGAGCGAUAAACUAUAUAGAAAAGAGGUGAAUUCCCUUGAUCUUACCAAAUCCUGUCUUCGUUCAAUUGCCCUGUUCAAUCAAAGAUGUAAAGCUCUUAUCACCGUUACUACUAAGCUAGCUUUGAAGCAGGCGGCCGAAAGCGAUGACAGGAUUUUUCAAGGGAAACGCCGAUGCACUCUGGACGGAAUUCCCAUUGUCAUUAAAGAUAACUUUAUUACUAAAGGCAUUCCCACGACAGCGGGUUCUAAGUUCUUACAAGACUUCGUCCCUCCUUACCACUCCACGGUUGUUAAAAAACUACUUCAAGCAGGGGCUAUAAUCGUAGGCAAAGCUAACAUGGAUGAGUUUGGAAUGGGCUCUGGAGGAGUAAAUAGUUAUUAUGGCCCAUCUUUUCAAAGGUCACAAAAUGAGAAAUUACUUGCUGGUGGAAGCUCCUCUGGUUGCGCUAGUGCUAUAACUCACGGAUUUUGUUUCGCAGCAGUGGCCAGUGAUACUGGAGGAUCCGCUAGGCUCCCCGCCAGCUACUGCGGGUUAGUUGGCUUCAAGCCUUCCUAUGGGAGGGUCUCUCGCUAUGGACUAGUGGCCUACUGCUCCUCGUUGGACUGCCCUAGCGUUAUCGCGAAAAGCGUUGCAGACGCCGUCUGUGUGUACGAGGUAAUUAGAGGAAGUGACGUUGAGGAUUAUUCGACGUUGGCCAUAAGUGAAGAGCACUCAAACCGUAGGAAUGCGUCGCGAGACAUAAAAAUAGGCAUUCCGAAGGAGUUCAGAAUAUCAGAACUUAGUAAAGAUGUGCUGGCAUGUUGGCAGUCAGUUGUCCGAUACUUACAAGAUAAGGGGUUUACGUGUAAAGUUGUUUCCAUCCCAACGAUAAAAUACUCACUGGCAGCCUACUAUGUGUUGGCACUCACCGAGGCUUCCUCUAACUUGGCUCGGUACUCGGGAAUUCAGUACGGAUGUUGCUCGCACCAACAGUAUCCUUACCACAAGACAAGACAUGAAGGACUUGGCUCUGUUCCUCGCCAAAGAAUCUUGGCUGGGACCUUUUGCCUCUUGCGAGAGACAUAUCAGAGCUACUAUUUUAAAGCUCGGCAGAUACAGCAAGUCGUUAGAAACGAGCUAAAUGCAGCAUUUCAAGAAGUGGACGUUUUAGUAGGUCCAACGGCGUUUUCAACUGCUCCCACCUUGGAGGAGUGGCGCUCUAGUGAAAGUGUUUAUAGUUUUUGCAACGAUGUGCUUACUGUUCCGGCGAGUCUAGCUGGGCUUCCUUGCAUAAGCGUUCCCGCUGGGACUGAUGACAAAAGGAAACCCAUAGGAAUACAAGUCAUAGGUAAGAAGGGAGACGAAGAAACUCUUGUUGAGAUUGCCAGGCAGAUCGAAGAGAGUCAAAAUAAAGAGUGACAGCCUUUAUACUUGGCUUACAAAAAAGCAUCUUAAAUGUCCAAUCUCUGAAAAGCUAAAGAAGUCGUCUUCUUCAUGCAUACGGGCGUGCAAAAGUUGAGACUUUUGUCUAGCCCUUACAGAGCGCGCUGUUUAUAAGUAGCGGCGCCAAGACUGUUGUACCUGAGGGCUGCCUCUCGGCUCCGCUGAACAAAAGCAGCUAUAUUGGCUGGUGAACGUGUUUCAGGCUCGUUAAGCAUCGAGACAACACUCAUAACCACAUUUCUAAUUUAUUAAUAUAGGAGCACAAAAAUAAUAAUUUAAUUCACGGUAUCAAAAGUUGUUGGUAUUAGGUAUUUAAGAAUAAUAAACGUACGACACCGUCUGAG